AUGGCGCAUCAGGGACAAGCAGCCGACUACUACAAUAGUCAACCUUACCAGCAGCAGGGCUAUCAGCAGCCGGGGUACCAGCAACAAUCUUACCAGCCUUAUCCUCCUCCUCCGACCCAUAUUCAGCAGGGUUAUCAACAACAAGAACAAUACCAGCCGCCCCAGCAGCCAUACCAACCUCCAGAGCCAAAGUACACACAACAACCUCCGACCUAUGGAGCCCAAUUUGUCCCUCCGCAGGAUGACAAGCAGAGCUUUCAGGACACAUUCAAGAUUCAAAAGCCAAAAUUCAAUGAUCUUUGGGCGGGAUUACUGCUCAUUGCGACCUUUUGCGGCUUCGUCGCAGUCUCCGGCUUGACCCUUUACCGGUAUUCAAAAUAUCAUAAAUACAAUGGCGACGGAAUCUCUGACGGCGCCAACAACUUCUCGCUCAACACCAACACCAUCAUCCUCUUUGCCUUUGUCCUCUGUGUCGGCUUCGCCUUCUCCUGGGCAUACUUCCUCGCCGCGCGCGCGUUCACAAAACAAUUUGUUUGGCUCACCGGUAUACUGAACUGCGCCUUGGCUAUUGCUACCGCUGUGUACUACCUUUACCGACGACUGUGGGGUGCUGGCAUUGUUUUUGCCAUUUUCGCGGUUUUUGCCGUCAUCUGCUUCAUUAGUUGGAUACCACGCAUCCCGUUCGCUGUAGUCAUGCUGCAGCAAACCAUGGACAUCGCCAGGAUGAGAAGGGUGCACGUGUUCUGGGUCAGCCUUAUUGGAGGAAUCAUCAGCCUGGCCUUUGCCGCGUGGUUUUCCGUCACGCUUGUCGCCAUUUACACAUCCUAUAUGCCUAGCAAUGCCAACAGCAAUCCCAACCCGGCCUGUGCCGACGGAGGCUGCUCCAGUGGGAAAGUCAUUGGCCUGGUGGUAUUCGUGACCUUCGCCGGCUAUUGGAUUUCGGAAUGGAUCAAGAACACAAUCUACACAACGAUUGCUGGUGUCUAUGGUAGCUGGUACUUUUGCGCAGGGAAACCUGGCGGUAUCCCGUCCGGUGCAACUGCGGGAGCCUUGAGGCGAGCCACCACCUACUCUUUUGGGUCCAUUUCUUUUGGCAGUUUGAUCGUCGCUCUCAUCAACAUGCUCCGCCAGGCUUGCAGUAUCGCGCAACAACAAGAGGCAUCCGAGGGCAAUCUGAUUGGCAGUAUUAUGUUCUGCAUUCUGGGCUGCAUUGUUGCCUGUCUGGACUGGCUGGUUGAGUUUAUCAACAGAUACGCCUUCUCCCACAUUGCUCUCUACGGCAAGCCAUACAUUCCAGCGGCCAAAGAUACCUGGCACAUGAUGAAAGACCGGGGCAUCGAUGCACUGGUCAAUGAUUGUCUGGUCGGCCCGGUUCUGACCAUGGGAUCCGUCUUUGUGGCCUAUCUCUCCGCCCUGUUGGCGUAUCUUUAUCUGGACUACACUAAUCCUGCCUACAACUCGGACCGGACUUUUACUCCGGUUAUCAUGGCUUUCGCCUUCCUCAUCGGCCUGCAAAUAUGCCAGACCUUCAUGACGCCAAUCGGUGCCGGAGUGGACACAGUGUUUGUGGCAAUGGCUUGGGAUCCGCAGGUGGCCAUAACAGAUCAUCCAGAGUUCUGGGACCGCCUCGUUCAUGUUUAUCCUCACGUCCAACAAGUCAUUCAUGUCUAA